AUGGCCAAAAACCGUUCCCGGGCCAGGCCGGUGCCAAGAUUUCUCAUAACUGGCCAUAGCCGAUCCCGGCAAAUUAGACAUGGGAAUGAGACCCGUCUUAUUAGAAAACCCGACGUAUCUGUCCCAUUAGGGUUGGGGAUUCUCUAUAAAACCGGGAAUCGGGUUAUAAACAGGGGACGGAGACGGGUCCAGGAGAGAGGAAGGAUAAUGAUGAAAUUUGUGGAUUUAAUCCUUGAAAAUCGAGAAGAAUUAGCAGCAUUGGACRCCAUUGAUGCAGGAAAGGUGUUUGAGUUGGKGAAGGCCGUGGAAAUUCCUUUUGCAGCCAGCCUACUUCGAUAUUAUGCUGGAGCGGCCGAUAAAAUCCAUGGWAAGACGAUGAAAAUGGCGAACCAAUUCCAAGGGUACACGUUACAUGAACCUAUCGGUGUCGYUGGUCAAAUUAUCCCRUGGAACUUUCCUAUCACUAUGUUCUUUCACAAAGCCAGCCCGGCGUUGGCUGCAGGGUGCACCAUGGUGAUCAARCCGGCUGAGCARACUCCCCUUUCGGCUCUUUACCUUGCCCAUCUAGCUAAACUGGCGGGCGUCCCAAAUGGGGUGAUUAAUGUGAUUACCGGAUUUGGAGCGAGAGCCGGAGCUGCCAUCAGCUCCCACAUGGAUAUCGAUUGYGUGAGCUUCACGGGGUCGACUGAAGUAGGACGACUCAUMAUGCAAGCUGCUGCAACGAGUAAUUUGAAAGAAGUCUCUCUCGAGCUUGGAGGCAAAUCUCCUCUCAUAAUUUUCGACGAUGUGGAUGUUGAUUCAAUCGGUGAAGUUUGCGUGUGUAGCUCGAGGAUCUUCGUCCAAGAAGGAAUCUAUGAAGAAUUCAUAACCAAGUUUGCGAAAGCGGCAAAGGAGAUAAUCGUUGGUGAUCCCUUCGAUCCUAYCACUCAUCAAGGACCUCAAGUUGAUAAGCGACAAUACGAGAAAGUACUAUCGUAUAUCGAACAUGGAAAAAGACAAGGUGCAACGUUGCUAACCGGUGGAAAACCUUGCAGGRAAAAGGGAUACUAUAUCGAGCCAACAAUCUUCACAGACGUAACGGAUGAUAUGCUUAUUGCAACGGAUGAAAUAUUCGGUCCAGUUGCAUGUGUCUUUAAGUUCAAGUAA